AUGGAUCAGAAUUCUCCUCCUCCGCCACCACCGCCGCCCAAGUCAGCGAUCCCUCGACGCGGGCCUCCUCUGGCGGCCCUUCGGACAGAUAUUGCUCAACAGCAGCAUCAGCAACCUCAAUUGCAAGCGCAAUCACAGCCGCAACAGCGCACACGUCCGGUCCUCCAAAAACCCCGCGUUCAACGCCUCCGACCCCCAGAAGCCGUCGCAAAUGAACCGCAAAGCGUACCACAGCAACCAGAGCCGACGAAGAGAGUGGCGUCAAAAACUAGUCUUCGGGGUCUGUUUGCGCGAAACAAAGCUUUGCGUGAAGAAAGGAAGACGGAAAACAGUCUCCCCGCGGUUGGGGAGAGACGUGGGUCAACCACCCCGUCAACCACGGUUCCGGACACCCCUCGCUCUGUCGCACAUACAAUAGCUUCAGGUUCGACAUUGCAUGCGUCGUCGCAGGUAGCUACCCCGACAGAGUCAACGUUCAAUGUGGAAACGCCGAAUAAGAGUACGAGGGUGAGACCGGAACUGAAAUCGAAGGUAUCUUCGUCGUGGACACCCCCGCCGUUGUUCCAAGCAUACCCUCAGGCGUCAAAGCACGCACGGCUUGCGGUUCCUAAUAUAUCUCCAGAUUCUAUCUUGCGCAUCCACGCGACUCAAGCAGCCAAUCUCCGUAACCCUUCUCAACAGGGCGAGGCAGAAGGCGCAGAUGCUGAUACUACGAAAAAGAAUGGGAAAGCUGCAAGGGACAAGAAACCCGUCAGACGAGCUGGAUCCACCACGCUUGAUCAGAUCGUAUUUCUCAAAAAGAUCUUUGUGUUGGUAACGACGGGUUAUUUGCUACAAUACUCUGGGGAAGGAAACUAUGACAGACUACCGGAAAAGAUUAUGCGCCUCGGGCCAACUUCAGCUGCAUUUGCGAGUGACUCUAUUCCAGGGAAACAUCAUGUGCUGCAAAUAUCACAGAAAUCUACGGACGAUGGCGCGCCCGCUGCUGCCACAUCUGGACGCACGUUUUUAUCCAGGUUUGGCUUGCAGACUGCCGAAUCCCGGCGAGCCGUACGGACGUUUCUGGUCGUUAUGUCUAGUGCCCAGGAGAUGAAUAGCUGGCUCGUCGCGUUGAGGAAAACAAUUGAGUCACUAGGUGGGAAGAAACAUGUCCCGGAAACCGCUCCAGGAGAUGACAGCGAAGCUUCCGACGUGCCCAGCAAUACGUUACUAGCUCAUCGAGGCUCCCGACUUUUGGCUAGUCGCAAAUCGACUCUGAUAGAAUCUAAUCCGCCGUCUCCUUCGUCCGAUACAUUUCAAGGACAGUCCCCGGCAGCUUCUAAGAGGGAUUCAUAUCAAGAGGGAGACCAGCAGCAGCAACCCCGUGUUCCCAGUUUAGUCAAGGCGACCAAUCGACUUUCAAUCUCAAGUCCUUUGGAUAUAGUCACAAUCCCUACUGGCUUUGGGGAUUCUGAUAUAAUUUUUGAAAAUCCUCGAGAUGCUCCUCAACCGACACAAGGAAGCAGAACAACGCCCACCUCUCCACCGUCUGUGCCUCCGGCCGAGACUCUUGUCCAGACGCCUGCGACGACUCCAGGAAGAUUGCGCAAACAUUCAACUCCUACUACUGCGAGUAUGAAUCGACGUUCCCUGACCUCGUAUACUGCGACUCAGUUGGAGCGCCAAGGAGAGAUAGCUAGAGCUAGCCGUCCUCUGUCGUUUGUCGGAAGUGCCAAUACUUCUGCUCCGAAGGGUACAUCUGCUGCUCCGCAGCACCCAAGCAUUCCUGGUCCAAAUGUACGACUUUCUCUACUCCACGGUGAGAGCUCGCGGUCAGCGUUGUCGCAUGAUGCCACUUCGCGGAAGACGGCUACGACAGAGCCUACAUCAAAAGCGGCCGACAAAGCUUCGGAACAGGGCCCAGCCGGUGUAAAAGAAGAUUCAAUUCCUUCAACACAAAAAAGGCAUUCAUUGAUCUCAGGUCGAAUAACAACUACCACUAGUAGCUCGGCCAUCGCUACUGCCCGAACUAUUCCAACUAUCCCUCGGAAAUAUUCUUUAACGAAAACGGAAAGUUCCGAGCCGGCUACACCUGCAUCUACCACGCGAAGAUACUAUCAACAGCAUAAGUUACCUGAUAUAAACCAUACCCCUCGCCUACCCCAACAACAAAGAUCCUCACAGCUGACUCAAUCUCGACUUCCAUCUGUCACUGAAAGAGGGCGUCCUUUACCCCGGCUACCAAAGAUCAGCGGUGAAUCUUCGGAAACCACGACAGUCCCAUCAAGCAAUCUCGCUCAAUCUGCCUUGUCCAAAGACCGCGCAACCAAGGCGUCAGCUACUGCAGCGAAAGAUCGAAUACAACUACCACACCGGAGCACGCACCCUCCUACUUCCGAGGACCCAUCUAGCCUCCAAAGCAAAGCCUCAACACCCACAUCAUCCCCACGAACUCCACAAACGCCUAGAGAGGACUCCAGUCGGCGCAACUCAUACAUAAUGCCACAACCACAAUCACAACAAACCUCACCUCGCGCUACGACGCGACGAAAUCCAAACCUAUCAUUCUUACCACCAGCACCACCACCAAACGUCCCCCUCCCCGCAGUCCCAACACCAAACAUAGCGUUUCGGCAUAUCCCCUUAUGGCAAAGGAGACAUCUCCAACAACCAUCUACACAACCACCACAGUCACAAUUACCGCAGCCACCUCCGUUACAACGACAGCCACAACAACAAAAACAUCUACCUCGACCAUCUAUAUCAACCUCAUCAUUAGCAUCUUCCUCACCUCCUACUGCUGCUACAGCGAACCAACAACACUCCCGCCGCCGAAGCUCCGAAUUGCGGAGUUUACAUCUUCAAAUGGCGAAUAUGUUGAACGAUAGUAUCAUGCACAGGAAACAAUCUGAUAUUUCUGCUACGGGGGCCCCGACUACCACGGCUGAUGCAACGCCUACAUCUGAGUUUCCGCCACCAUAUAACGAUCCUUCACUGGCUUUUAAGGGGGACGUCAUCAUCACGGUAAUAACGGGCACCUGA